UCCGGGGUCAUCUGAGUUGCUUUUCUGACCGUUACUCUCAAUUUCUUUACUAAUUUUUGGCCAUAAUUUAGCAACCAUGUAAUAAUCCAAACAACAUUAAUGCCGGGAUCCAGAAGAUCCUACAGUACAAGUGCCAUCUGUGUCUGAUGAAUUUACCGGUGCUAUCGCUGGGCUGCCAUCAUGGUUGUCCAGGCUGCAGCCCCACCCCCGUGACAGGAUGACAGAACAGACUUAAAUCAGCGUGUUGUAGUUUUGGACUAUAUGACCAUGUUUCGGAAUGUCUUUAGUGGCUGUGUUUCCGACCGAAGCACAAGAACUAAAGCCAUGCGAUCUCAUAAGCUCAAAUUUGGCGCUCCUAUGCAUGUAGCUCUGAAGAAUGGAUACCUGCCAACACCUCUUAUAGAUAUACUAGUGUAUAUAGCUCAGGAAGGGGUUGGAACUGUUGAUCUGUUCCGUCGUCCAGGAAACCCAGCAGACAUUCGCCACAUUGUAAAACGUUUGUCCGAGGGAAAACCAGUGACAUACACUCGAUACAGCUUCUAUACUCUGGCAUCAGUCUUAAAGCGUUAUCUUCUGCGCCUGCCUGGAGGUGUUUUUACGCCGCAAGGAGAAGAAUGUUUGCUUCAGGUGUUGAGUCUAGGACACCGAUCAGAACAAUUUCAAGCAGUCCAUGACUUCAUUCAGACCCUCAGCUCUGCCCACCAACAUCUCAUUUCACUUCUGUUUGGCACGUGGUUCCGUAUCGUGAACCACUCGGAGAUCAACUUCAUGACGCUGGAGGCGUUGUCGCGGAGCUGCGCUGGCUCUGUGUUCCACACCUGCGCCGACGACCCCGCGAAGGUGGAGAAGGCGAGCCGCCUCAUGCAGCUCAUGGUCGACAACUUCGGCACAUCCGUCAUGUUCGGGCGCGAGAAUAUUGAAUACUUCACCGAGACCACGCGCACAGGGAUACAUGUGCGGGAGAUGUUCCGUUAUGAGUACCAGUACCCAUCUGAGGAUCUUCUACCUCGUGAGGUGUCUCUGGGAUGGUUUUUCAUCUUCCUCCUGGGGGAAGCUAAAACACAUGGCUUUGAUCUUGAUCACAAUGAUGUGUCAGAUGAGUUUAUUGAGAUGACGAGAAUGGAGGGAGACUCGCAGCGGGAACAUGAACACCAUCCGAGUGAGAGUCCGGAACCAAGCUCACCAUUCAUGGGCAGACCACGCACCUCGAAGCCGGAGAACUCGCAGCUCACCAUUACCGUGACAACAGUCUCGGCUCCUGAAGUCUCCAUCAUGCCUUCGCCUGAAGUUUCUAAGAGACCAAAAUCUGUAGAAGAUAGUUUAAAUGAAGUAACUAACUAUUAUCAAAGUCGAAGUCUUAGUCGUUUUAACUCUGUGAAGAGAAAGCAGCUAGAACGCUUGCGGCAGAGAUCCGACUGGUUUCUAGGACCCAAUCGGGAGCGAAUGUCGAUUGAAAAAAAAGAAAGUCUAUCGAAGAAGGGUUCGGGCAACUCGGGCGCAUCUGUGACGAAGGCUUCCUCGGAGGGCGCCGUGCUGGACGUGUUGAACGACACAGACAGUGUGUUUUCUGACAACACUAGUCGCAGCGAGAGCCCGGCCUCAGAGCCAGUACGCAGCCUCUUCUACACCGGGCGCCGCGACAUCAUGCACAGCGACACGCUGGCUGAGAUGAGCACGCCCGAACUGCACCACUUCCACCACUCGGAGGAGGUCACCGACGAAGAGAUGUCUGCGAGGGAGGACCAUGGGGAGGUGACUGACGAGGAGAUGUCUGCGAGGGAGGACCAUGGGGAAGUGACUGACGAGGAGAUGUCUGCGAGGGAGGAUCAUGGGGAAGUGACUGACGAGGAGAUAUCUGCGAGGGAGGAUCCCGGGGACAUAACGGAUGAGGAUAUGACGGAGUCCGAUAUAAGAUGUUAUGUUGUCGACCACCAGUUCGGCAUGGGCGGCAAGCACCUCGAUUCCUAGCACCUGUGAUAAGAAACAAAAACUAACAAAAACUCUUAGGGGUCUUGUCUAUUUUUAUACAUGCACAUCCUCAUCAUCAUUUCCCCGACUCUCAUCUUGGACUUCUCUCAUUCAGUAGCUGGCGUGCGAAGAAUUUCACUCCAUUUCUGUGCAUUAGUGUGUGGUUGCUGUGCUGGUCGCCAUCAUGAUCAACUUGAAGCAGCUGGAAGAAAGAAAACAAAUUGUUGGUUAAUUUUUCUAGAUGGUUGAUCUGUUGUUAAGAAGAUAGUUCAUUAUUUUUUAGGGAGAUCAUUAGUUUGUCUUAAGAUCUUUGUUACUUUUAAAGAGUCCUUUGGCAAGGCUUCUAGAAUUUUCUAAAAAUCUUCUAGCAAUGGGAUCAGUAAUUUUCAAAAUUCACCAGCCAUAGGUAAUAAUCUACUAGCCCUACUUCUGUAUUUUCUAUUAAAACUAGAAAAUAAAAACCAAACUCAAAUUCGGCCUAAACUUUAUUAUCACUAUAUAAUAAUUAAAAUGUAAUUAGUAAUGUUAUUUGUAUAAAUACUAUCAACUAUUCCCAAUACAUUAAUGUUUAUGUAUAUAUAUUUAGUACUAUGCAGAGUACACGAGAUUGAAACCGGGGUAUGCAGGCCUUUCCCCAGGAUUUUAUUUAAGGCGCUUACAUUUUUAGCAUCAGUAUAACACAAAUCAAGCCAACAUAAGUGGGGUAGUGGGUUGAAAAUAGUUACGUGUU